AUGUCAUUGACAGAAAGAAAAAGAAAUUCAGUACUUAAUCCAUCUUUACUUCAAUCAAUUACUCAAACUAUUUCUCAAUCGAUAACAACAACAUCUUCACCAUCAGAUCAAUUAGCAAAACUUACUGUGAAUACGCCUACGACAAAUUCAUCUAUAGAAAUCAUUUCUGAUGUACCACAACUUGCAGCAAGAGAAGAAAAACAAUUAGUAUCUGAAGAGCAAGCACCAUUUAUACCAUUGUUAACAUUAAAACAUGAAUUUCAAUUGCCAACACAAACACCAAGACGGUCACCCGAUGGUCUUUGUCUAUUGACAAAUAGUGACGAUAAUCAAUUACGUGUAUUUGAAAUUCCAUGUGAUAGAUUACCCUCAAAUGAAGAUCUUAAUGCUGUUCUUCAUCUUCAAGAACCAGAAUUAAUCUAUGAUUUUGAAUGGUAUCCAUAUAUGGAUUCAACACGAAGUGAUACUUGUUUUAUCUUUAGUAGUUGUCGUGAUAAUCCUGUACAUUUAUUUGAUGCAUAUACUGGUCAAGUACGUGCAUCGUACAAAGCUUUUAAUCAUUUGGAAGAACUUGUUGCUGCUCGUUCAUUAGCAUUUGAAUUACAAUCAGGUAGACUUUAUUGUGGAUAUGAUCGAGUUAUUCGUGCAUUUGAUAUUCAACGACCUGGUCUUUGUAUUGGACAAUGGAAUACAUUUGAUCGUAUAAAUAAUAUUUAUCAAACGGGAAUUAUUUCUUGUUUAUCAUUUAAUUCUCAAAUAUGUGGCAUGUAUGCUGCUGGAUCAUAUGCUAAAACAAUUGGUAUUUAUGGAGAUAUGAAUGGAGAAUUAAUUGCAGUUCUACAUGGUCAUAUUGGUGGAAUAACUCAUAUUCGAUUUUCUUCAGAUGGACAUCGGCUUUAUAGUGGAGCUAGAAAAGAUGGAAUGAUUCUUUGUUGGGAUGUGCGAAAUUUAGGAGAAGUUCUAUGUACUUAUCAUCGCCAGGUUAAUACAAAUCAACGCAUUUAUUUUGAUUUUGAUCCUUCUUUUACAAUGCUUGUUACUGGUAAUUCAAAUGGUCAUGUAUUAGGUUGGAAUAUUAAUGAUUCAUCGACUCCAGCACUUAAUUUUUUAGCUCAUAAUGAUUGUACAAAUGGUAUUAGCAUUCAUCCAAAACGACCAUUAUUUGCUACAUCAUCAGGUCAACGACAUUUUGCUGGUGAUGUACAAGUUACUGUUAGUGAAGAUGAAGAUGAAGAAAAUCUCUAUGCUGAAUUUAAUUUAAAAAAGAUUCCGAAAGAAAAUUCUGUAAAAAUUUGGUCACUUACGAAAUAA